CAUCUGAUGCUCUGCCAGCGGCGAGACGACCAAGAGCGGGAACCCCCUGGCGGAGAGGGCAACUGAAGGGAAGGAGAACAAGAACAACUCCCCCAGAUCAUCCAUGGAGUUGGUAGAAGCCUUGCCAUUGGUCCCUCGGGGUCGUCGGGUGGUACGCAAACGCAAAGCGUUUGUAGUCGAACCCACCAGUCCUUCUGCUUCUCCUCCUAACCCCAAGCGCCAAAACGUGGUCGGGGCCAAAUUUGCUGGGGAUGAUGUUCCAGCAGGAGGUUCCGCAGAAACUACUAGGACGGACCCGUCGACUACAUCAGCUGGGGUUGUAACCGUUGCCGAGGCGGGUACCGCGCCAGGGCAUCUCGCUCCCUCGGCUGGUGUGACCCCGCCACCAGCAACAAGUACCAUGGUUAUAAAACCACGGGCGCUGAGACUGAAGAAAUCCGGCAUGAAGAAAUCCUCGCUUACUACAUCUGCUUUGGGGUUGAAUGAGCCAGAACCUGACUCGGCAACUCCAGCCCCCGAGCCGCCAGCCCCCAAGGAGGACGCGACGCUCCCCGACCCACCACCUCCUGAGCCCCAGCAACCUAAGCUAGCGCUGGUGGUGAUGAACAAGCCGAGGCCACUAAUGCCACUCCUGCGGAUGGCACAAGUGCCCCACUGCCAUCAACUGAAGAAGCUACGGGUACCUCAAGCAACCUUGGAGAUCUGCUGGUGUCCGGGAGAGGAUACAAGGACAUCAUCACAAAAGAUCUAUUGGAUGAUCCUCUCCUGACGAUCGACAACAUGCGAUAUUUCCAAAAGAUCUCCAAGGAGAUGUACAAAUUUACCCUGGAUGUGGCCAAACGCUUCCAAGAAAAAUCCAAGAAGCUGAAAGCAGUCGAGAGUGGCCUCCGAGAACUCCAAGCGAAGGACCAACGCAUAUCAGAAGAACACCGAAAGAACAUGU